AUGGCGCAACACCCGAUUGCAACUUUGAACGAAGAGCUCAUCCCUCGCCUUCCACCUUCCUCUCCAACGCUCUUCGAAGCAAAAAAGAAGAAGAACCUAUCCUUCGAAGCGAUCGCAAAGCACGUCGGACGUGAUGAAGUUGCAAUUGCCGCUCUCUUCUACGGCCAGGCCAUGGCCUCCGCCGAAGAUAUCAAGAAGCUGUCGGAAAUCCUGGAGAUUGACGCCGGCCUGCUCGAAUCGCAGUUGUCAGGCUUUCCCAACCGAGGCAGCACGCUCGAUAUGCCACCAAAGGACCCCACCAUCUACCGUCUCUAUGAGAUUGUGCAGAACUAUGGACAGGCAUACAAGGCGGUUAUGCACGAGAAGUUUGGUGAUGGCAUCAUGAGUGCUAUCUCGUUCAGUACAAAGGUAGAGAAGGAGACUGACGACAAGGGCGAGUGGGCCAAGAUUACACUGAGGGGCAAAUGGCUACCAUAUUCGCGAUUCUAA